AAAAAUAAAUGCACAUCUGAUGCCUUUCUUAAAAUUUUUAAGUCAGAGUUGGUAUCACUGUAGUUUGCGUUAGAGUAAGUAAGAAUUUUUUUCCAACCGAGCUGGUAGUUAUGGCAACUCAUGACCUUCUCAAUCCACCAGUUCAUGCUUUUCAUUUAGUUCCUUCUGAACUCAACAAGAUUACAAAAAAGAUAAACAGUCAAAGGUCAUUGCCAGCCGCCCAUUUGAGGAUCAAAUUUUUUGGGAUUGGAUAUUGUUCAUCUGGUCUCAAAUCCAUUUACACCAUUAAAGCUUCACAAGAUAUCUCUGCAGGUUCUGUUAGUAAUGUCAUUGAAGAUGAAUCAGCUGCCCAGAUUAAAACUAGCCUUUUCCAGGCUUUACAAGGGCUUAACAGAGGCAUAUUGGGAGCCACAUCUGCCAAAAAAUCUGAGAUUGAAAAUUUAGUCAAGGAAUUAGAGUCUCAAAAUCCAACUCCUGAUCCUACACAAAAUUUGGAUAAGGUGAAUGGAAGUUGGAAGCUUAUCUAUAGCACUAUUUCAGUUCUCGGCUCAAAGAGAACGAAGCUUGGACUGCGGGAUUUCAUUACUUUGGGAGAUUUCUUACAAAUCAUUAAUGUCUCCGAGGCAAAAGCGGUUAAUGUAAUCAAGUUCAGUGCAAGGGGAUUUGGAAUGUUAAAUGGACAGUUAACCAUUGAAGCCUCUUUCAAGAUUGCGUCGAAAUCAAGAGUUGAUAUCAAAUAUGAGAGUUCAGCAAUCACUCCAGAUCAGUUGAUGAAUUUAUUCCAAAAGAACUACGACCUUCUGCUCAGCAUUUUCAAUCCAGAGGGAUGGCUUGACAUAUCAUAUGUUGACGAGACAAUGAGGAUUGGAAGGGAUGAUAAAGGCAACAUUUUCAUAUUAGAAAGACCAUCAACACAAUGAAUAGAUUCAGUAACUUAGCAUUAGGCAUUUACAGUAGCAAAUAGGAGGAGGACAAAAAUGAAACCUUAUUGAAUUGAUGAAUGCAGUUCGUUCUUACAAUAUUUCACAUGUGGAUCACUUUUAUUUGUUGUAAUUUUUUUUUGCUCAGCUUUUUAUUUGUUGUAAUAAUUCUCAGUUGUUUAAAUGUAUCAUAGGCUGUCUCAUUGAGUCACCAUAUUCAUACGACUGUACCAUGUUGAGGCUACAUUCUAUAUGCUCCGGCCAAUUUGCCGAAAAAUCAAUCUGAUACUGAUUUGUA